AUGAAAAAGCUGCAAUCUGAAGAAUUGACAGGAGGAGAGAAUGGAAAUUCAUCAGAUACAAAUCAAACUAUGGUUUAUGAAAACAUAUCACUUCUUGCAUCAUUUGAGGAACGUCCAAGGUCUUGUCCAUAUUGUAGUUAUGCAACUUCUCAUAAAGGCAAUUUAAAGAAGCAUAUAAGAAUCCAUACAGGGGAGCGUCCUUUCUCAUGUAAUAUUUGUAAAAAGAAGUUUCAAAAUCAGUGGUUGGAUGACCAGUGCUAUGGGCAAUAUCAAGGAAUGAUGAUCAACAUUCUUGAUAGGCAACAAUCCUGCGUUUAUCGAAUUUUGACUCUUGCUGAUUUAUUUCCAAGAAAUCAAGGAAUAAUAUAUCAAAAUGAUUUAUUUUGUACAUCAGAGAACCUAGAUGUUUUGAAUCCUGAUUUACAUAGCACCUAUGCUCUAGAGGAAGAACGACCAUUCGCAUGUAAUAUUUGCACUAGGAAGUUUCGCCGCAAGGGUGAUCUUCAAAGACAUAUCCUUACUCACACUGGUUUAAAAUCCCACAUUUGUGACUUAUGUAGUAAAGCAUUUUCUCGUUCUGAUGUACUGAAAGUUCACAGAUUAAGCUGUAGCCAUAAUAAGCUUUUUGCUUCAAAAAUUUUACAUUCAAGAAAAUAA